CCGUUUUUGCAGCUGCACCUUUUUGUACAUCAGUUUGUUGUUGAACUAAUUGAUCACCUCGCGGGGUGAUAAUUCCAUGGUGGUCAGUGCGAAAGAGUGCAGUGCAUUGUGAAGUGGCUUCUUAUUAUUUGUUUUUUCAUUUUUAAUUUUAAUUUUUUUAUCUUCUGAAUAAUUUGGAAACGUUCAUCAUCGGAGAGCUGUGUAGUGUUUGAGGUCAAUCGAGCUUGGUUCGAAGGUUUGGAGAUAGAAGGGAGAAGCUGAUUGGGUCCAGUUGGUUUUGAGAAGACUGUGUCGAGCUGGGGUGUGCAUUGUUGUUGUUGUUGUUGUUGUUGACGUUGGCGGUGACUGUUUGGUUUUGAAGAACAGACGAAGAAGGGGGUUCUGGAGAAAGAACUGUGCAUUUUAGUUUCAGUUGCAGGUUUGAGAAUUGGGUUAGGGGUUUUGGGUUGCAUGAAAAGGAGAGGGAGGAGGUGAAGAGGCUUUUGAUUGGGAUUGAUGCUGGGGCGAGACCUCGUGCAUGAGCCCAUUGAAUUUGAUGCUGUCCUUUGGAUCUCUGCGGGGAGGGGCAAGCCCCGUAUCAGUCAGCUUGCCCCAUGCCAAUGGUUCAGGUGAAGGUAAGAAAUCACCCUUGCCCCCGGUGCUUCUAGAAUGCGGUUACUAUGAUGUGGAGCAGGUGCAUUAUCUCACUCAAGCUCUGCUAGUCACUCUGGCCAAAGCAUGUGUGGAAAAGACUGCUGGAGAUCCUUUCAGCCAGCGGGCAGGUGUGUUGCCGGAUAUCAAGAAAGAGAUGCUCGAGUACCUGCACCAGCAGAGUGAGGCUUAUGCUUGUGGAAGUGGGAUCUCGAGCCACGGCAUGGGUCAGGUCCUUCCGCCAUCUAAAGUAGUGGACGAUAUUUUUGAGAGCUUCAUCAAAUCCAAGAAGAAUCUCUUCUCUAGAGUCUCGAGUAAAAUUAUUGACAGCAUUAAGAAGGAGGAUAAGGUUGACGAUUUUGUUAAGGAGUUAGACCGCACUGGGGUGUGGGUGGUCGGACGCAGAGAGGCUCGUGCCAAGGCUUUACUGAAACGAGUUGACCGGAGCAAGACCUAUCACUGUGAAAUGAAGUUCGAUACUGACAAAGAACUUGAAGAUCAUCGAUCUACUUGCAAUCUAAGGCCCUAUAAUUGUAAAAACAACGGAUGUGGUGCUUUUUAUUCAGCACAUCAUGCAGCUGCUCAUGACACUUCCUGCCCUCACAAGCUCCUUUCAUGUAAACUUGAAUGCGGUUCCCUAAUACCCCGUGGGGAGAUGGAAGCGCAUGUUGUUACUGUGUGUCCAAUGAAGAUAGUGAAGUGUCCUUAUCAUGCUGUUGGAUGUUUGCACGCAAUGGCGCAGAAAUUGUUGGAACAGCACUGUACAGAGCACAUGGGACAGCAUCUGUUGGAGACACUUCAAUAUGUACAGAACCAUGAAGUUGCAAUAGGUAGUCAUGUUCAUCGUAUUGUUCUUUUGGAAAAGGCUCUUCAAUUGACGCAAAGGUCUGAGGCAGUAGAUAUAGGGACGGUGCUCCUCACAGUGAAGGAGCAUGAGAAUAGAGUGAAGCAGCUGGAAGCAGAAGUUAAGAAGCUCCAGGCAGACCUCAAGGCUACAGAUGCGUCAGCUGAGGUGUUGCAGCUGCGACGGGAGCUUCGGAACCUGCAAAAGCAGGUCGAAGGUAGCACAUUACAAAGUUCUGCAUACCCUCCACAGUAAUUCAAUAGACUCAUUUUUGCAAGUCUUGCCUCUACAUUACUAGGUUGAUUUCGUGAGCUCGUGAAGCGGAACUUCAAAUUUUAUGCAUUUAGACAGAGGCACACCUCAUUGACUCAAUUAUUUCAUUGACAAGUUGCUUUAUUCUCUGUUGGACCUGGGCAUCAGUUUAUCAGAAAGGAACUCUAUACGAUGUACCAUUUAUAUUAGUGAGAUCAGGUGGUUUGAUUUCUGUGCCUAGCA